AUGCCUACUACAGAAGACAAUAUCAACUUUCUCUAUCUCAUCAUCACCGAAGAUGAUUCGCCAGCUCUCGACAUGGAUACCAUAGCGACGAAGCUUGGUUUGAACAAGGCAGCGGCUUCCAAGCGCUGGUCGCGCCUCAAAGGUGCUAUGAACGCGGGCGAGAAUCCGGGUCCCAAUGCUUAUAAGUUCUUGUGGCUGGCCUUGAAGCACUCCCAGCGAUCCAAGGUAACAUGCAACGAGACAACGACACACUUCUUUGCGUAUCAAAGCUAA